UUUAGGUUCCAUUUUAUUGCACUUCCAAAAAUAUAGUAUGUGUACAGUAAUCAUUUUGAGUUAUUGAAGGAGAAAAUACACCAGUUUAAGGAACUAUUGAGUGAGAUUUAACAGUGCUACAAGAUUGUAUUUAAUUAUAAAACAGUACAAUACAGUACUAUAGGGGAGUUAUUGUUUUUAUAUAAAUUGAUAAUUGAAGUUAUGAAACACUGGUACUGUAUACUGCAGGUGCAAAGGAAAUACUGUACUGUAAACUACACUGUAAGAAUCCCAAAACUUAGUAUUCUGCGCAAAAGGUCUGGAGACAGUAAGCAUACCUUGAGUGCUACAUUCACUGGGCUACCACGUUGGGCCAAGUAUGUUGUCAGUUGAAAUUUGGUUGUAGCUGAGGAUAGUUGUGCUGCUCAGAGCUACCAGUACAGUAUAGUACUGAGGUCCAGUUUUUUGAAAUGUUCGUUUUGUGGGGAAUUACUCAUAAACUCAACCGACGGGGAAGUAGGAGAAUUAUAGUGACCAUAACACCAAUUGGGUCAGAAAGCGGAAGCCGAGCGAGCAAGACAUUCAAGCCAAAGAAGCACAUCCCAGAGGGCACACACCAGUAUGACUUGAUGAAACAUGCAGCUGCCACACUUGGCUCUGGGAACCUUCGCUCAGCAGUGAUGCUGCCAGAGGGAGAGGACCUCAACGAGUGGGUGGCAGUCAACACGGUAGACUUCUUCAACCAGAUCAACAUGCUAUAUGGAACAAUAACAGAAAUGUGUACAGAAGAGUCAUGUCCCGUAAUGUCAGCUGGCCCUAAAUAUGAAUACCAUUGGGCUGAUGGUCAGACAGUCAAGAAGCCCAUUAAGUGUUCAGCUCCCAAGUAUAUUGACUAUCUUAUGACUUGGGUACAGGAUCAGCUGGAUGAUGAAGCACUCUUCCCCUCCAAGAUAGGCGUACCAUUUCCAAAGAACUUCCAAAGUAAUGCCAAGACAAUACUAAAACGGCUCUUCCGGGUGUAUGCACAUAUCUACCACCAACACUUCUCAGAGGUGGUUCAGUUGGGUGAGGAGGCACAUCUCAACACCUCCUUCAAGCACUUUAUAUUCUUUGUCCAGGAAUUCCAGUUGAUAGAGCGGAAAGAACUUGCACCACUGCAAGAACUGAUUGACAAACUAGCAGCAAAGGACCGAUGAUUCCAAGUGUGAACGGUAACCAUCUUCCAUGAGAGUGUUUAGGUGUAUAGGAAUGGAGAGGGAGGGAUUAGUGUUUCAUCUCACCUUGUGUAACGGCAGACAAGGAAAGCUCUCACGUUUUGAUUAUGUUCUCAGGGAAGAGGCUCGUGGAUUGUGCUGUACUGUAUAUCUGGUUCUGUGCCAUUGCCAGACAAAAUAUUUCUUUGGCAUAUUUAUGAGCAUUACCCAACAUAAUUUUUUAGACUACAGAAGGCCAGUUCAAACUAACAUUGUAAAGCCUUUUAAAUUUUGUUGAAAAUAUCAAGAAUACAAGGAGCAGUACAAUCAACCUUUAGGGUAUUCCUCUGUUUCAAGGAACGAGAAACUAAUCAUUGCAUGUGAGGAGUUGAAAAUAUAAUAAUUUAUUGUAGAUAUAAGAAAAAAUUACUUUCACUUUUUUGUUAAUGGCAGGCCUAUGCCUAGUAAACUUGUGGGCAUAAACACUUGUGGAGAUGCCUUACUUGUGUGUGCUUGUCAAGUUUGCUUGAUGUACUUACUAAAGCCAGAAUGUUAUUGUUUGUAAUAGACUGCUCUUGUUAUUUCUUUUGAGAAAGGGUAAGAUGAUUGCUGGCAGGAAAGUCUGUUGACAGAUCUUUCUUUGAUUAUGGACCAGUUACUGUGUACAAGUUUCAGAUAGUCCUUAGUGAUUGCUUGAGGGCAAAGGGAGGACAAAUAUGAUUAUAGCUGCUUUCGUUUCAUAAGCAGUACAGUAUAUGUUCUGGACAUUCCGUUAACCACAUUGGCACCCGAGAUGGAUUGCACAGUAAUAUUAAUUUAAAGAAAAAAGGACUACGUAAUCAUGUUUGUUAUGCUUAUUCAAAACAAAGAUUUCACAUCUUCUAGCUUUUAACGAUACCUGUAUAAGGCUGUUUGCCUCUGCUUGUAAAAUGGGGUUAUCCUGAAACCUGGAAAAAAGGCACAUUAUUGGACUUGAAAAGACUUAGAUGCAUUCUUGUUACUCAAUGAUAUUUCUAUAAGACAUUUUGCUAUCUCCCUGUUUUUCCUCCAUUCAUCAUAUUAUCAGCAUAGUUUUUUUCAGUAAUCGUUGUUGAAAUAUUCCCCUUUUUAAAGCUUUUAGGAGGCUUUUGAUUUAUAAACAAUGCAGAAUCUAGGUGGCAUAAUUUACUUUUAUCAAACUAAUAUAGCAUUUCCCUAUUACCUUGUCAUUAUUUAACUGUUUAACUAAUCAUUGAGGGAAUUUUCAGUUACAGCAAAGAUUUUUUAAGGAGUUUACAAGCCUUGUUAUAAAGGUUUUUAAAAUUAGAGUACAGUCAUCCUAUUUAUGGUUGUAAGAGUCUAUAAUAUUAAAUCAUUGAAGCUUAGCAGAGUGAAGUGUUCAUCAGAGAUCCAAUGUGUCUCAGAAGUUUGCUAUGAACAUUCACAAACUCUAGGUUUGAGAAAGAACAAGAUUCAGGUUUUAAACUUUUGAUUAGGUUUAACUGUAUCACUCUGCCAGUAGGUAGUAGUACUGUACACAGCAGUCUUCCUCAGAGGGUCAGGUCUUCUUUGGAUAUUAAGUGGUGACCGAAAAAGUUGGGUACAAAAUCUUCACAUCUGGGAGGGGUAAUAUUUAUAUGUUAAAUAGAUUUGUCUUAUAUUUUCACUUUUCCCUGUUUGUAUUUGGACUCUUUGUACAUGUUAUAGAAAUGAGCAAAGAUGCUUUCACAUAUCAGAAGCUAAAGUUGUUGUGUCUUCUUUCAGAAUUGUUUUGUUAGAUAAAUGUUUCACUGUAUUAACUUUUGCGGAUGGCAGUCCCUUGGAAAUGGAAAUCUAAGUUAAGUUCUGUAUACAUCAUCUACCUUACAAAGACAAAACACUUAACUACUUAAAUAAAUUUUGAGGUUUUAGUACAGAACUGUCCUGUACCUUGUGUAGAUUAACUUUGGUAUGCUUGUUUAACUUACUUGUGAUUAAUUAUUUAAAUGUACAUGUGGUCAGUAAGUUCUUAAGUUUAUCGCAUAGCAUCAGCCUGCUUCAUCAUCUUGUUAGCUACCCAGAAUGUAUUUACAUGCAAUAGAUCAAUAUAUAUCCAGUCAUAUGCUGGAUGAGGUGUUCUUGUAUAGGAACCCUGUUUUGAAAAAUACCCACUGAUAGUGCUAUAGGAACUAGUGUGAUUUACUGAUGUGUACAAGUGGGCCAGAGAGUAGUCUAAAUGGUGAGAAAAUAGUAUAGCUUUAGUACUGGAUGUGAUGAUGGACAUAAGGCUUAUACAGUUAUUCAGCUUGUUUGUAUUUUGUCUUCUGAAAAGGGAAAGAUAACAGUAGUAGAUUGAACCUUAUUGCAACUAAUAAAAUUAUACUGUUCUAACUGAUAUAUAUCUGUAAAAUGUCAUGAUUGAAGACUGGAUGAGGAGUCAUUGGUGCUCUGAGUAAAAAAUGAAGCUCUGGGAUGAUAUUUGUAUGUUUAUGGGUUGUAGCUCACUGAAAGCAUAAAUGGCAUGCAGCUUAAAAUUUGGUUAUGUAUAUAAAUAUACAGUAAUACUGUACAGUACUGUACUUCAAAACUUCCCCCAUAAUUGGGAAACCAGUAAAAAAUACCAAACAAUCAAGACAGACACUGGUACACCAUGAGUUCUUACUUUAGUUAUCUACACACAUUGGGGAUAUUAACAAGAGGAGGAGUGAUGCUGUACACAAACUCAUCCACAAUGAAUGACUUAAACCCUAGUGUCUUCUGGUGGGUUUGUGUUGAGCCCAAAUAUUUAUACAUUACGGGGGUAAACUUUAUAGUGCUAUUUUUCUUCAAUAUACUAGAGGGGAUACUAGUGAUUGAGUGUAAAACAGGCCAAGUGAUGUUAAUACCUUAUGUGUUAGAGAAUUAGUCAAAUGUUUCAAAACUUUCUCUUGUGUUUGUACUGAACAAAAAUAUUAAUUUAUACAUUAUGUUAAUAUUUGUAUUUAAUGUGAAUUCUUUAUAGGGAAAAUCAGAAGUCCAAUAUUAGUGUACUGUAUGAGAAUUAUCAUAUGUCUAGUACCUUGUAAUCCUGGCAGGAACUUGUUUACCUACUGACUCAAGACCCAUGGGAAAGACCAUCAUGGCACACUUACUCUUCUCAAAGUGCCAUAUUUAAAAGGACAAAAUUUUAUAUCACUACGUGUUUGCAUUUGAGCAAAUCACUGCAUUGGUGAAGAUUUGAGAGGCUUAAGUAAUGAAGUUUUACUGUAAGUUAACCAUACUGGAUAAGUCUAAAGUCUGGACUUAUAGGCAGGGUUCACUAUUUUUUUUAACUUUAUCAGAUGUUCAAAUUACAUGACAGUAAAUCACAAAUACACAUCAUUUCUUUGACACAAACUUGAUUGAACAUUUAAUAAAAUUUCUUGCAAGCAGUAUCAUAUUUAGGAUGCACAUUUUGGAAUCAGGUGCUUACAUGCCACCACCUGGAUGCUUUGAUCAAUAGAUGAAGAUUGGGUGUGUGCCAUGACCAGACUAGAUGUGCUAACCAUAUAUCACCAAAGUGAUAUAUGGGUGUAAUUUAUUAUCAAGUUGAACCUGUGAUGUAAAAAGGAUAAAUAUUGCAGCAUUUUUUUUAAGCCAGACCUCAUAUUUGCCUUGUUUUUUAAAACAAAUUUAUUAUCAUGCCAUUCAAUUAAAUUUUAUGUAAGAGAACCAUUUAAUUCAUUUUUGUAGAAUUGGCAUACAGGUAAAUGCUAAACAGAUUCAUUGCACUCCACUGCCAGUAGAUAAUUGAAGAUCUUCCAUGGUAAACAUGACUAGGAUAGACAAAUACAUAUCAUUUUUUGAGCAUUUAAGAAUUGAAGAUGCUGCUUGUUAAAAUAUUUUGGAUAUCUUGCUUGAGGUUUUGUAUAAACAUCAGUUGUGAGAUCAGAGAGAAUUGAUAACAAGAAAUGGGUGCACAAAACUCGGUAGUGUUUUGUAAAGGUUUGAACAAGGAUAUUGUGAUAUUGAUGUGGCGAAUGAACUGCAACUUUCAUUGUUUUUCUUGUUAUUUUACUUCUCAAGUAGCAUUGAAUUUUAGGGAAGAAACUCACUAAGACUUUUUUUCCUGGGUAGAGGCUAAUAAAGUUUGCAGUUGUUCACAUCAUUAGCACCAGGUGAUAACUUUUUUAAUAUGCUUUAUGUAAUCCUUUUUUUUAUAUUAGUGGGCCGUGCUAGAGGGAACAAGGAGUCAAGUGUAUAAUAUAUUGAUGUGUUUCUAUUCCUGUUUGACAGAUAGGGUGAAUAUUAUGCAGAUUAUGGAUUUUUUAAUUGUGAUUUUAUUUCCUAAAAUAUGUGCUUAAAUGUUCAAAAUGGUUUGUUAGGUGAGGUCAGGUCUUUUGUACAGGUACCUCUUGAUUUGUGCAAGUUUGGUUAACGCCGUUUUUAGCCAUUUUUAGACUAACACCUUUUAAAAUUUUAUGUUGGUUUAUGUUUGGAAUAACAUAAGCAUCGACAAACAUCAUAAUUUGUGCUGGCAGCCUGGUGGUGUGGGUAUCCAGCUACCCAUUUUGCAGUCCUCAGUGCAUGGAGACAAUCUAUAGUGCUGCAAUAUAAUGUAUACUGCAAGUGUUUUGCCCUUUACAUUAUGCCAUCAAAGCAUCCUUUUAAGUUCUCCUGGUACCAGUGGUGCUACAAAGUGUAAGGCCAUCACCAUUGAGAUUAAUAUGGAUGUGUUCAAUCAUUAUUAUGGUUGAGGUGGACUUAGUUAAUCUACUUUACGGACUAUUUGUGAUAGUGCAGAUAAGAUUUAGGAGAGAGUGGAACAUUAAUCAAUUCAUGCCAUCUAAGACCUCGUGUUCCCAAAUGGUGAGAAUGGAACGAAUGUUGAGCACUUUGAUCAAACACCAAACUCACAAAAAUGAUCCUGUCAGCAUGCUUGAGAUACAAGCAAAGGCCCUGGAGUAUUUUAUAUUUCCUGGUAUGCACAGUACAUGUAAACAGUACUGUAGUUUUUCAUUGGUUGUAAUAUUCUGCACUGUCUUUUUAAAAGUGAAACCCCAUAAUCUGCAUUAUUUGCAUUGUUUGAUUUAUGUGUUUUUUAAUUAAACGAUCAUUUUCAAGAACAUAAUUAUCGCAUAAAUCGAGAGGAUCCUGUACAGGUAUGUGGUAUGUGGUCGAGUUAUUCGUGAAUCUCUGAUAAUGAGUAAAUUUGCAUUUGUGAAAAUGGUAAAAAAGGAACUGGUGAAGAAUAUAUAAUAUUUUGUAGAGCAUGUGUUCAUUUACAGUGGUCCAGUAUAAAUAUUUUAGUUCUUAUGAUUUACCUUUUCCUAAACUUAGUUUUCAUUGCUGACCAAAAGGAUCAUUCAUUUUCAUAACAUUUUUUCUUUGUACAUAUUUAUAUAUAUAUACCUGUAUAUUAAAAGAUAAGAUUCCACUAUUGAAAUUGACUUUUCCCUUUUAUGGAAGGGUCAUUUUUGAGUAAAUUAUAUGCACUAGUAUCAGCUUUUGAUAGGUUUAUAGCAACGUGUCUGGAUUGUUUUCGUAGCCAAAUGAUGAUAAACAAGUUUGUUUAGAGAGGGCUGUAGUUCAGUUUAUUUAGCCUAUUGAAGAAUUGCCUAAAUGAGGAGCAAAUAUUUUAGUAAGGCAUCACUUUCAUCAUUAUGAAGAAGAGCAACAUAAAAGUAUAUAUGAUUGAAAUACCCAAAAGUGAAGCUUCAUGGAGGACUGAUUGUUUGACUGCUUUUAUAGUAAGUGUGGGAGCCUUGAGUGAAGUCGGAGGGAGCUAAAAGAAAUGUCCACUACAACAGAUUGUUCAAGGAAAUGUUUUCAUUUUAAAUGAUUAAUGCUGUUAAUAGCCAUAAUAAUUAUUCCUUAUCAUUUCAUAAACAGGAACCUAAAUUUGGUGAGUGAUUUAAACAUUUGAUACAUUGUAGUUUUAAUUCUCUCUUGUUUUGAAAAUGGCAAUUGAGCUACCAGUUCCUAUAAAUGCACAAUGUUUGAUUGGUUUCAGAUUGCAGUUAUUAUAUGAAUCCUGUAUUUCAGUAAAACAAAUUGAACUGAAAAAUCCCUCUAAUGUAUAUUGUGGAUAUUUUCAGUCCUGCAAUUCCGUUGUAAUACAUAUUUUUAUCUUAA